AUCUUCACUCAAAACCUCGUCCCCCAGCCCAGACUUAUAAGAAGACUUUCAGAAACUCAAUUGAUAUCAAUUUCCGUUGCUUAUUUUAAAAUCCAUACCUCUGGAAUACUGUUCUGUUCGCCCAAAUGCCGAGAAAAGGAAUGAGGAGUUUGUGCUUUUCCCCUAAAAUUUCCUCUUCUUCUUCUUCUCCCCCUUCUCAUUUUGCUUCUCCUUCACGCUUCGCUUUUUCGCCGUCGCGGCCCAGCUUCUCCGACUCGGUGAUGGAUCGGACUCUCGAAUUGGCUGAGCCCAUCAUCAAGAAAUGGAACCCUGAGACCACUACCUUUGCUCGGGUUACUUCUCUCUUCUACGAGAACCGGAGGGAGGCCAGAGACUUCAUCAAAACCGUCAACAAUUUGCAGAAGGCUAUGCACUUUCUGGCGACCGAGAAUUCGAGCUCCGAUAAAUUAGUUCGGGCGCAGAGUCUGAUGCAAAUCGCGAUGAAGAGACUCCAGAAGGAGUUUUACCAGAUUCUGUCCAUGAAUCGGGCUCUUCUGGACCCUGAAUCAGUCUCGACUCGGUCAUCGCGUACCUCCACCGGUUCGAGCACAUCCGAUUACGAUGACGAUGAUGAUGAUAUCAGAGUUGCCAAUGAGUCGAUUUCCGAAGUGGAAGAUGUUUCAACUGCUGCCAUGGCGGACUUGAAAUUGAUUGCUGAAUGCAUGAUUUCUUCGGGUUACGCCAAAGAGUGCUUGAAAAUAUACAAGAUUAUUCGGAAAUCUAUUGUUGAUGAAGGCAUAUACAAGCUUGGAGUGGAGAAGUUUACUUCUUCUCAGAUUCAUAAAAUGGACUGGGAAGUUGCGGAAUUGAGGAUUAAGAACUGGCUCAAUGCCGUGGUAACUGCAGUGAAAACUCUCUUCAACGGGGAGAGAAUUCUCUGCGAUUACGUCUUCUCCAGUUCCGAUUCCAUCAGAGAGUCGUGCUUUACAGAAAUCACAAGAGAAGGAGCCAUGAUUUUGUUCGGAUUUCCAGAAAAUGUGGCGAAACAUAGCAAAAAAUCUCCGGAGAAAGUUUUCCGUGUUCUGGAUAUGUACGCUGGAAUCUCCAACAACUGGCCGGAGAUUGAUUCCAUUUUCUCAUUCGAAUCAACCACCAACAUCAAGUCGCAGGCGCUGACGUCACUCAUCAAACUCGGAGAGUUCGUUCGCUCCGCGUUGAAUGACUUUGAGUCGGUUAUUCUAAAGGACUCCUCAAAAUCGCCAGUAGCCGGCGCCGGGAUCCACUAUCUGACCAUCGACGCGAUGAAUUAUCUCUCAAUUCUCUCCGACUACAGCAACAUUUUGUCAGACAUCCUGGCUGAUUCGCCGCCGCCAGCGAAGAAUUUAUUGCCGGAAUCCUAUUUCGGAUUCUCCGACUCCGACGAAUCUCCGGCACCGGCUAUAUCUCUCAAAAUGGCAUGGCUCAUUCUGGUCCUUCUCUGCAAACUCGACACCAAAGCAAAGUACUACAAAGACGUUUCUCUAGCUUACUUGUUCCUCGCCAACAAUCUGCAGUACGUCGUCGUAAAGGUCCAAACCUCAAACCUCAGGUACCUCCUCGGCGAUCAAUGGCUAACGAAACACGAAUCCAAGGUCAAACAGUUUGCGUCGAACUACGAGCGGCUAGGGUGGGGCCACGUGAUCGACUCCCUCCCCUCCGAUCCGGCGGCUGCGAUGACUCCUGACAAAGUCAAAGAAAUUUUCAAGAAAUUUAACACGUCGUUUGACCAGGCGCACAAGAAGCAGGCUAUCUGCGUCGUACCUGAUAGCAAGCUCCGCGAUCAUAUAAAGAUUUCUAUCGCGAGAAAGAUACUUCGAUUAUACCGCGAGUUUUACAAUGCACACAGGCAGACGAUGGAAAGAGAGAGAAAUUCCGCAUCUGUGGUCAGAUAUGCCCCUGAGGAUGUUGGACAUCACCUGUCUGAUCUUUUUUUUGGUCACGUUGAUUCAGGGAGUUCUUCGUCAUUUGAGUCGUCCCCUUCCCAUUCACAACCGCCGCGAUAUCGCCGAGAUAUGAGAUAUUAAAUUAUUUGAUUGUUUUUCUCCCUCCAAUUGUUUGGAUUGUAUAUGAUAGAUUUGGUACAUAAUGUAUCACCUACUGCAGGUGAUAAGUGAGUGAAUAUAUACAAAUAUACAAAUUUUAUCGAAUAUAUACGUUCGAUA